UCUUACGUACCUUCUCAACUUGCAACCUGAAUUGGUGAGAAAGAGAAUGAUUUCUUUCUUUAUUAUUAUUUAUAUAUAUAUACUACUUUUCUAGGUGUUAACUCAGGUUACAAGGCCUGAGAUUAUUCGUAUAUCGUAAAUGAAAUUUUGUAUCAAAUUAGAUACAUUUUCCUGGUCUUAGAGACACAGAGUUAGCAUAAUCUUGGACUUGUUUUUUAUGUAAUUGGCUGGUUUUAGUUUGGAGCAUUUUAUAUAACAUGCUUGGAUGGUACUGUAUCCUCCAGCUUACGAUACUUUCAAGAGUUUCCUCCUUUUAAUGAGACAAAUGGCUAUGCCGCGCAAUACAUUCAGUAUAAGUUUCUUUGUUAAGAACUUAAGAUGCUUCUUACUUGACCCCUGUUUUUUUGUUCAUCAAUAUUAGAAUAAUGCUUAUUUCUGCAGGUUGCAUUUUUGUAGUUCCUAACCUUUUUAUCUAUAAAAAUCUAUGUUAUUUUUAAAGGUUCCAGUGCCUUGCUAAACCUUGAACUGUUGUCAUUCUGAUAAAUAUGUUUAUCAUUCUACUGACAUUAAUUUUACUUAGAAAAGUGAUAGCUCCUUCUUGUAUAAAGGAGGAAUGUUACAACUCACCAUGAGAAGGAUGCUGGCUCUUUCCAUGAUUGCAACGGUUACCAAAACAAGUUCUUAACAGUAAUAACUAUUAAACUUAUAUGUAAUAAUAGUAAAACAUUUACAGCCAGCGCCCUGUUAUUAUAUAUUCUUAACAUGGUGACAUGCUACUCUAGAUAGAAUUAAUAAUCUUCAGAUUAUUACUGCAGAAUCUCAAAAGUAUUUCAUCACUGUCAGUUUGCUACUCUAGAUAGAAUUAGUUGGCUAAGGCUUUCAGUCUCAAGGUGGCUAUCGCAUUAAUGGUUAUAGAAUAUAGAUGCAUCAACUGUAGAGCUAGUGUGCCACGGUUUGGUAAAUGAGCAGGCACAGAUUCCGGUGCCUUUCCGACAUCUAUAUUAAGUAUCUAUAUUGAUUAUUAAGUAUCUAUAUUGUCACAUCAACGAUGUGCCAGAAGUUAGAACGACUUUAAAAUAGAGGGAGUAUAGCUUCAAAAUUUUGUUAGGGGCGACAUGCUGAUAUUUAAAGCCUUGUUUAAUCACAGGGAUGCUGCCCAAGUGGCUCUGCGCUGGAAUGUAGCUUUGCUUGAUAAGUUUCCCAUUCAUGAUAGGAGAAAAUACUAGAUUCUGGUUUGUGCAAUAAGUUGUGAUAACUUGUGGGGAACCUGAUAAGAGAAUAUGGUGAAACCUGAUAAGAGAAUAUGGUGAAACUUGAUUGUUGUAUACUUGUAUCUCUUGCACAGUGGCAUUUAUCUGUUGCUAUGAAUUUCUGUUAUUAAUAAGUGAAUUUCCCGUGUCCUUCAAAUAUUUGCCCAAAUUAUUUUAAUUUUGUUGAUUAUAUAUUCCGUGUUAAGAUAAAUAAUAUUUGAUUUGGAGCAAGUCAAUUUGAUUAAUAUGUAUUUUCUGCAUUCACAUAAUGGUACUACUGUUGAUUCUGAAAUCAUUUAAUUAAAUCACAAGUGAAAUUAGUGAAUUUUUCUUAACUCUUAGGACAGCCGGGAUAAUUAUGUUAUUACUUACUAUACUUGAUAGUUGUCUUGUGAAAAUCUGUGAUACUAAUGAAACUAACAUAUAUGUCAUUGGCUAAGUUGACUAACUAUAUAUAUCAUUGUUCAUGUAUAGGCUAUGGUGCCAAAAAAAGACAAAGGUAAAAAGAAAAUGGCUAUUUCUCAAGGUAGUACGACUCGUGGUAAGAAACGCCGCAAUUCUACAACUCAAGCUGAAAGUCAGACUCCAUUUGUUCGCUUGAUCCGCAGGCCCAGAACUGCUUCGAUGGGAAGGUUUGGGGAAGAGCUGCCGAGAAAACCUACCCGUAUUGACAUUCAUGGCGGGCGUAUCUUUGGUGACGAAGCAAAAAAGACUUUGCUUGCAAUACUUCGUGAUCACUGGCCUGUUGGAUCGUACACCUAUACUGAUAUUAUGGCAAAAAACCCGGAUUGGAUGGACGAUGUUGUAACUGUGUUUAAGCACUUCUACAAAAAUUUGAGGGGACAGAGUCGAACUGAGGCCACUUGGAGUAUCAAGGAGCAUGCGAAGAGAACAUGUAAGAAAAUGAUGAAUGAGGAGAAGCGGCGUUUUGUGAAAAAAAAGAAGGAAACUGGGAGGUCAGCAAAAGAGCUGAGGCCGAAGUAUUUUCAAGCCCCUCUAUGGGAAAACUUGUUGAAGUACUGGGAUAGUGAAGGUCACAGGCAUCGGUCCGAGGUUGGAGCAAAGAAUUGAGAAAAAGUGGAGACCUUGCACACUGCAGGUGCAAAAUCAUUUGAAGUUGUC